AUGGAUCAAGCUCAACAAGAACAAGCUUCCUUAAGAGAGGACAUUGACUCUGUCAAAAUCAAGAUCGAGCAUAUUUUAGAGACGAUGCAAGCUCUAUCCAGAAGGGAAGAAGAUAUCCAUGCUGCCACUACUGCGAGGAAUGAUGCCCCUGUUCAAAGGGUUGUUUCACCUUUACGACUUUCAGGUCUUAUUCCUAAUCGUAUGGUCUAUGGUUUUCCUCAUGGUUUCACUCCUCCGCCUGAGGCAACUCAUGUGCCUCAUCUAAUACAUAUCUCUAGAGUCACCGAUGGUGUUACUCUACAAGGGCCACCUAUUGUCAAUCAAAUCCUCACUCCUCGCACUGAUGAGGAGGUCCAAGAUGAGUACGAGAUGCAUAACUAUCUAAGGGUAGCUCGAAUGGUCAAUCCUGCUGCUGCUCAGGCUUUUAAAGCCAUCCAAAUGUGCCAUGCCUUAGCAGAGAAAAUAAGGGUCUUAGAAGGACAUAACUCAAGUGGUUUAGGUGCUCUAGAAAUGUGUCUGGUGCCUAAUGUGGUCAUGCCUCCUAAAUUUAAGGCGCCAUAA